AUGAAGGCAAGGGUUGCCCUCUCGGCAUCCCCCGGAGUCAGGAGCGCAGAUGUCGAAUCGCGAGCAUUAUCGGUCACUUCGCCGCCUGAAGCGCCGCUGAGUGAGUCGUUUACGGUGCAGAAGGUCCUGCUCAUCCUCGGCGGCCAUGACGGCUCCCCCCUGUUCACCCAAGUGUCACCUCAUCUGGACUCGAGAGAACGGGUCGGUCAAAUUCCCGAAUUGCUGAGGGUAUCCGUCGGACUGCAAAUCGCCCAUUUGUCGCCGGGUGCAGUCCGCAACAGCCUGGACGUGUUCUCUCACUACGGGUCGUGCACGCUAUUGCUAUCCCGGCUGUUGAACGCCCUGUCAGAAUCUGGAUAUGACAGCAACGAGGUUUCCUCGGGCGCACCGUUGGCACCAUCUCUUGCAUGUCUGUUAAAGUCACCCUCACGUCAUGGUACGAAGUCGCGGAGUCUCUUCAAUUGGUCCUGGCCCGUUUGGGUCCCGGGUCUUUGUGAUGGCCUGCAUACCAUAUGGAAUGAAUGGUGCUGGAUCCUGUCAUCGUUGCAUCGGCGAUUUGUUUCGUCUCUCUAUCGGGAGUUUUGUGGAGUCGAGGCACUUCCCGAUCCUAACCACUCAGCAGCGUUGUCGGUGUGUCAUCUGAUGCCGGCCGACAGCAAAUCACCGUUUUUAACAUCGUACCUCGAGCGCUGCAGAGUUUGCCCCAAUUUCGGGUCAGAUGUGGAAGGCCAUGAAUCCGGCGCGGGGGGAGUAUCGGAGUUCAAGGUCACCCUGCUGAAUCUGUAUUACCACCUCCGCCCAUUUUUGUCGAUGCUUGAGGACGUGGUUGGCUUCUUGGAGUCAAUUUUGAACUAUAUGGACACGCAUGCGCUCAACAUCGGCUCUCUAUAUCGCGUGUCUUUCAUGUUCCUGUUGCUGCAUCUGCGGAGGUCCGAGGACCGCCAGGACGAUGCGCUGGCGUCGCUUUGGCGGUUUUUGCUGCGCCACACUCUGAGCCAAUGCAAUAUCCCGCACUCUCUCGGCGCCACCGCUAGCGUGGUUCCGGGAGACAUAUCAUGGGCAUGCCUGGGAGCGCCUCUCCACGCUCUGCGUCGCGUGCGUGACAGCCUGGAGCAACUCGGUCAGCACAAGCUGCUGUCUGAAUCGAGCAACAUCUCCGAUGAUCUAUACCGGCAGUCAGAUGCCUUUGAACCAACUGAUGACACGGCAGAUCGCAUCUUGAACAAGUUGAAUGACUGCAUAACCCAAUUGGUGAGCGGCUCCAUAGUUGCACUGCGCUCCGUGCUGGAGGAUCGCCACAACCUGACAGCCCACCUGUCAUUUCUGAGCGGGUUUUGCUGUCUAAGGUUCGGCGACUGCCUGGAUUCUGUGUUCGAGUUCGUCUGCCGACCGCGUGUCCCUCUGAACUACCAGUCGCGGUUGAAGUCGGUGCUGGUGGAGGGCACGGUGCAGUGGCAGCAAGUUGUGGACGUCAAAGGCGUGCCAGUGCUGUCCACCGACCAGGUGGUUUCUCUGGUGAACCGUUUCGAGUACCUGCUGAAGGAGGACGCCUGGGCGCCCAUCAUCGAGUUGAAGGUACUCGGCGGCAGCCCGUGUGCGUUGUCAAGCUUCCUAUCGGAUCGCGUGAUGGCGCAUUACUCGUCCAUUCUGCGGCAUCUGCUAUCGUUCCAGCUGCUCUUCGGCGAAGUAAAACAGCUAGUGCAGCUUACAUUGCGCGGCAGCGGGUCAGUGUGCGGCUUUUUCGUGCCGCGCGCCACCACCCUGCUGCUGCAUGUCUGCUUCGCUCUGGACCAUUACUACCGGUGGGUGGUUGCCUCUGCAUGGUCCGAGCUGCUGCGUCGCUUAUCCGCGUGCGCCACAGUUUCGGAGAUGUCUGCCGUGCACGAGAGCUACGUCGAGUUCCUCCUGGAGUGCCUGCUGGUGACCCCCGAGUGCGCUUCGGAACCUCCCGCCUGCCGGAUAAACCCGCUGUUCAGCGAGUCGCUGUUCCUGAUCCGCCGCUGCGCGUCCGAGUUUCUGCGCAUCUGCACGUCUGAGCUGGACGAUGCCGGCGAUGAGCUAGGGCUGGUGUACAUGGUGCUGCAGUCGGAAGUUGGCCGUCUGAAGUGCACCUUAAACGUGCUCUCGAGCCACGUGCUGCCAGACGUGCCGGAGUUCGGCGAAUCCGAGCACGAGCUGCUUUCUUUGGCGCUGCGACACCGCGUCAACCUUAACUCUGCAGCCUGCCGCGCGCAACCCGCUGCGAGAGUCGGUUUUGACAGGCUGUUGAGCCAUUUUAUACCCGUUGCGCCGACCGAUGUCACGCCAAGGAGCCGCCAGGGCGCCUCCGCCGAGGAACUUCACCCAGCUGCGCCCCGGUUCGACGUCGGCGUGUCCUGCUCCGCCGCGGGGUCAAGUUACGUCACCGUGGGCGACACCAAGGUGAAGUGCUGCGUGAACGCGCCGCGUCCGUGCGGCCGUCGCGUGUUCGACGAGCGCGGCCUGCUGACCAUCGAUGUGCGUUUCAGCCGCCCCGAGUUGCGUCGCAGCUGCUCUUUCGACGUGUGUUCCGUGCUGUCGGAUGUGUUCGAGCGUCAUCUGCUGCUGCGUCGUUACCCGCACCAGCUGAUCGAGGCGUGGAUAACCAUUGAGGAGGACGCCGGCGGGCUGUUCUGCGCCUGCAUUACCGGGCUGUGCAUCGCGUUCGCCGAUGGCGGCAUUCAAAUGCCGGACAUUAUAUCGGCCGCUUCCGCGUAUGCCUUCCGCGACCCCCAAGGAAGCCUGACGGUGGCUCUGGAUUUGAGUGAUGAGGAGGCGUCAUACUACGGGCAAAUCGACCCCGGUCUCACCAAGCUGCACCUGGCGUACUGCCCGAACAUGAACACCAUAGCGUGUCUGCUGCAAUCGGGGGAGCACGCGGAUUCCGCGGUGCUCAACAAGAUGCUAACGAUGGCACAAGCCGCGUGCGGCGUGAUCACCGCGGAGAUGCAGGCGUCGCUGCAGGACUACGUGGAGUGGGUCCAGGAGCGCAACCACGACGCGGCGCCGGCCGUGGGCCACUACUCGGAGCUCACGCCGUAG